GCUCGAAGAUGACAUCAGACCCCUAGUAGAGCAGACCCAAAGAACUAGUGCCUCUCUUUAGUGCGUUAUCUGUGCUUGAACAAUUAAAUCAAAAAUGAAAACCGCCCUAGUGUUCGCCGCCAUCCUGGCCCUUAGCUUGGCUGCUCCAGUCGAAGAUCGGGAUGCCCAGAUUGUGCAGUUCGAAAAUGAUAACCAGGGAAUUGGGGGUUACAACUUCAGAUACGACACCAGCAACGGAAUCCAGCGAUCGGAACAGGCUCAGCUGAAGAGCUUCGGGGAUGAUAUCUCAGCUCUGGUUGUGCGAGGAUCUUACUCCUACAUUGGUGCCGAUGGCCAAACCUACCAGGUGAACUAUGUUGCCGAUGAGAAUGGAUUCCAGGCCGAUGCUCCCCAUAUUCCACGGGCAUAAGAAGGAGUCCGGUUCUGGAUAAAGCGAAAAAAAAAAGUCAAAACUCCACCGAUGAUUUUUGUUGAGUGUUUUUCCUCGUUAAUGAGAGUGUUUUUUAUUAUGAUUUGAAUGACGUGAGAGAUUAAAAGAUGCUGUGAGAUAUUUAA